AUGUCUGUCGCUGUUACUGAUAAGGAAGAUCAGCUCUUGGACGCUAGAAACCAAAUAUCCCCGCCCCCUCCUCCUAGAUAUCUUGGGUUUGUGGCCGGGAUGUUCUCUGGAGUAAUGAAGAAUGUAGUUGGGCAUCCAUUCGACACCAUAAAGGUACGUUUGCAGACUGCACCUCUGGGAAGAUUCAAAGGGCCCAUCGACUGUGUGCUACAAACGUUGAAAAAUGAAGGCCCAAAAGGUUUUUACAAAGGUUUUACACCCCCAUUGAUAGGGUGGGUUCUCAUGGACUCAGUAAUGUUGGGCUCCUUGCAUUUAUACAGAAGAAUUGUCAAGGAAAAUAUAUACCCCAACGAAGCCAAAUUGCCAUUAUUUGGCCAUGUCAUAGCGGGACUUGGAAGUGGACUUACAGUAUCCUUUGUAGCAGCCCCUGUGGAACAGUUCAAGGCAAGGCUUCAAGUUCAGUACGACGCCAACUCCAAAAUAUACUCCGGUCCCCUCGAUGUUGCCCAGAAGCUCUACAAGGUGUCUGGGAUCAGAGGUAUCUACUCCGGUCUAUGCUCCACCAUGAUCUUUAGAACCAAUUUUGUAUUUUGGUGGGGGUCCUACGAGCUUUUCACACAAUGGUUUCAAAAGAACACUAAGCUAUCCAAUCCUUCCAUCAAUUUCUGGUCUGGUGGGUUGUCUGCUACUGUCUUCUGGAUUUUUGCUUAUCCAGCAGAUGUGGUCAAACAGACCAUCAUGACCGACAGUCCAAUCCGCUCGGAGAAGAAGUUCCCUAGGUGGAUAGAUGCCGUCAAAUACAUCUAUAGAGAAAGAGGCCUUGCCGGCUUUACUAGAGGGUUUGGACCUUCCAUUCUAAGGUCCUUCCCAGCCAACGCUGCAGCAUUGGCUGCUUUCGAAGCUGUGAUGAGAUUCUUACAUUAG